GAGCCCCGGGCUAGCCGCGUAUUGGUCGGCGAGCUGUUGGCGCAUGCUCCGUAACUGAACGUUGCCCUCCCUCCUCGCCCACCCCGCCCCCAUAACCGCCCGCGCGCUCGAUGUCUGCCGAGUGCGCCGGAGUGAUGACCGCCGGCCCGCUGUACCUCAGUCACCCGGCGCGUCUGCCCCUGGGGCGGCCCCGUAACCGCCCUCGUCUAGCCCGCUCAAGGCCUCCCCCCAGACCCCGACGGAGCCGUGACUGAGCCCCGCUUAUCUUCUGACGUAACUCAGUUCCGCCAACUUUCCCCAGCGCCUUCUCCGAGCCAGCGCUCGAGAUGGAUUUUUUAAUUCUUUUCCUGGUUUACUUGGUCUGUGUUCUGACUAGUGUUCUACUGCUCUGCAUAUAUUCCAAAAGGACCCAUACCGUGGCAGGAGAAAUCCUGACAGAUGGAUCACAGGUGUUUUCACGUUUUGUGCCAGGGUGGCUGCAAAGAACUACACAAAGGGCAUUUCAUCACCUCUUUCAUACACGAAACUGCAUAUUCAUCAUCCUGCACUUGGCCUUAGAAGGGGCUGUUUACAGUGAAUAUACUUGGGAGAUAUUUCACUACUGUCUAGAACUGGAGUUCUCACUGUAUCAUCUUCUCCUGCCGUAUCUGCUGUUGAUUAUAAACCUGUUUUUUUUCUUUUUGAGUUGUACAACCAACCCUGGGGUAAUAACAAAAUCAAAUGAAGCAUCAUUUCUUCAAGUUUAUGACUAUGAUGAGGUGAUCUUCUUGAAAAACUUGAAGUGCCCUACCUGCGACUUGAGGAAACCAGCCAGGUCAAAGCAUUGUCGCGUGUGUAACAGGUGUGUGCAUCGUUUUGAUCAUCACUGUGUUUGGGUGAACAACUGCAUCGGUGCCUUAAAUGCAAGAUACUUUUUAAUCUACCUGUUGACCUUGAUCGCGAUGGCUGUGAACAUUGCCGUCAUAACUUCGGCAUUUCUAAUCCAUUUGGUACUACUGUCGGGUAUGACAUUGGGGACGUAUUUGGAUGACCAUGGACAGGAACAACCCGUUGAUAUUGCCUUUCUUAUACAGUAUCUGUUCUUGACCUUUCCAAGAAUUGUCUUCAUGCUGGGAUUUCUUAUUAUACUUUGUCUCUUACUUGGGGGCUACGUAUGCUUCACUCUAUACCUGGCAGUCACCAACCAGACCUCCAAUGAGUGGUAUAAGUCAAGUAGAGCCAAGUGUCGUCGGUGCCAUAAUUCAGACCCUGUUCAAGAAAAAACCAGUGCUUACAAGAACAUUUAUGCCAAGGGUGUUUGGAGCAACUUAAAGGAGAUUUUUAAGCCAAUUACAGAUUAUGAAAAAAAGAAGUAAGUGUGGAGUAAGUGUUACUGAAUUUUAAAAUACAAAUUUAUUCAUAAAAUUAAAAGUACAAGUUUUUCCCCUCCCCCACACUCACUUACUUUCCUAAUUUCUUCUGUAUGUUUAUUAAAAGGUUCUCAGAGGCUUUGAAAGCACUUCACCUGCUAAACAUGUAUGUUGUUGCCUCACUCGUUUUUUUUGUAAAAUGGGGAUUAUAAUACACUACCUACCUCACAGGGCUGUUGUGAGGAACGCCUUUAUAAGCCUUAAAGUGCUACAGAAAUGUGAGAUAUUGUCAUCUGCCAAUAUUGUUAAAUCCUGGCUAGUUGCCAAGUCUUGAGUAUUCCUCGUCCUCUUUCAUAAAUGGCCCUUCUCUCAGCCCAUAAGCCCACCACUCUACUUCAGGGUCCCACCACUCCUUCCCCAAGACUCUUACAACAUGCUUCAUGUCAGACUCCAGCCUGAAACCUUUCCUUCCACACAGCAGCUGAAAUAAAAGGCUUAAGCCUGGCUAGAUCAGUUUCUCCUGUUCAAAGAUCUUAAAAGGCUCCCUGUUACCUCCAUGAUAAAGGACACAAACUCUUCAACUUGGUACUUAUUGUCUUUCACUAUCGGACUCUAGCCUGUCAUUUCAGUCUUAUUUCAUAUUAUUUACCUUCAUGCACUUGACAUUCCAACCAAACUGACCUACUUGCUUUUCCUCAAACUCUACAUGCCAUCUCCUUCCUUCUUAUUUUGCACAGGUAAAACUGUCUACUCCAGGCUACCGUAGUCUCCAGUCUGUUGCCUGGAAUAAACUACCUCCUUACUUCUACCUCUUAGGAUUCCUUCAAGGCCCAGCUUGUGUGCCACCUCUUAGAGGAAGCCUUUCUUGAUACCCCUAGUUAUUAUUCUCUCUUUCUACUUGGAUUAUCUUAUAUUUACUUAUAUGUUUACUUCUCAUGUAUUUUAUAUCUCCUUAAAUGUGUACGUGUUGUAUCCCUUCAGUAGACUAUCAGAAUGAGCAAGUGGUCUUUGUUGAGAAGAAUAUGAGGGGAGGGAUCAAAAGGAAAAGAAGGAAUUUAAAGCCCUAAGAUCGGGGUAGGUCAAAGGAAAGAGAGGAGCUACAACAUGGUAGAAACAAGCUGUUUCACUUAUAGUUCACUAGUAUCAGGCAAACUCUCUUGCUUUUACCACCUUAGUAUUUGUAAAGAGGGGUUGUGAAAUAAAGAGAGGAAAAACUACAAGUGGACAGGAUGAAAGGAAAUAACUCAAUUCAAAAUCAUCACUUUAUUUAUAUGAGGGAUAAGCUCACCCAUAAAAUGGAAGAGGACAGACUAAUGGAUUAGAAUAUAGAAUUCAAUGCUAGAGUUUUUUAUAAGAAACAUACUUGUAAUGAUCCACAUAGAGUUAAAGUGAGGGGCUGGAAUAAAAUCUGUUAUGUUUCAAGCGAACCAAAAAAAUCGAGUAGUAAUUAUGAUUUCAGAUAAAGUUAUAUUAAGUAUUGACAUGAUAAAAAGAUAAGAAGGAAAGUUAAAUUAUGCUUAAAAGUGCCAUAGAUAACCAAUAGCAUAGCAUCUAAAUAUCUAAAGGAAAAUUAAUCAAAUUGAAAGGAGAAAUAUUAAAACUAUAAUAGUGGGAGACCUCAAUGUUCCUCUUUUCAGAACUAGUCAAAUUCAACAAAAGAUAAAUAAGAAAGAAGUAGAACUGAAUAAAACUUAAAAAAAAAAGGAGCUGAUCUCUGGAAAUUACUAAAUGGGAAUAGAAAGGAACUUAUAUACAUUGACCACAGCACUAAAUACAUCAUUUGCUUAUUGGUAAGUUGAGCCAUUAUAAUAAAAAUUGUAAUUCUGCCUACAUAAAUGUACUUAUUCAGUAUCUUGCCAGUCACAGUGCCAAAGGAUUAUUUUGUAAAGCUAGAAAAAAUAAUGAAAUUCAUCUGGAGGAAUAAAAGGUUAAGAAUCUCAAGGAAAUUAAUUUUAAAAGUGAGGAUAAAAAUCUACAAGUAUCAGAUCUCAAAAUACAUUGCAAAGCAGUAAUCAAAAACCAGUUUAGUACUGGUUAAAAAUACAAAAUAUGAUCAGUUGAAUACAAUACAUACACAACAUACAGAAUCAAAUGAACACAGUAUCAUACUGUUCAAUAACCCCAAAGACCCCAGUUAUUGGAGUAAGAAAAGAAGAUUCAUGGAAUCUCCAGAUGGAGUGUGUUGUUUAAAGAAGAGCAAAGGGGCCAGUACCACUGCAUCCAGCAAAUACGUCUCUAACAAAGCUGAUGGUGACAGUUUCUUUUCUGGAUUCUGAAGUCCUCCAUGCCCAUACCUGUAAAGCUAUGCUGACAUUUUAAUGGAGUUUCCAGUGCUGUUACAUUUCUUAAGUAUGUCUGUACUUUGCAGCUUUCCUGUAUCAUUUUAUUUUUGUGUCCCUCCUCAUAUGGAACUGAUCAAUCUUCCUAAUAUGGAAGUACCCCCAAAUCUGUUGACAAAAGGCUUAAUAUAAGCUAUGUGAUGCAUCAUCUAAAAAGCUAAUUUAGUUUAAAGCAACAUUAAUAGAAAUAUAGUCACGAAAAUAAGGUAAAUAACAGGUCUGUUUUAUUUGCAUUGGUUCUAACAUUGUGAGUAUCAUGUCCAUUUUUUGGCUGAGAAAGAGUGGCCAUAGGAGGGCAGCUAAAACGUCAUGAAGUCUGAAAGCCAUAUCGUACAAGGACAGAGGAACUAAUUAUGUUUAGCCUGGAGUAGAGAAGAUUUAGAGGAGGCCUAGUCAUUGUCUUAAAAUAAUCAAAGGGCUAUCAUAUAAAAGCAGUCUUGUCUCUACAUGGAGGAUGAUGAUCCCCUCAGUGAAUCAGUGAGAAGGUUUUGAUUCAGUACAAAGCUGUCCAACAAGAGAACCAUCUGUCUCCUGAGGUAGCAUAUUUCCCAUCACUAGAAAUACUCAAGUGGAGAUAUUAAGACUGAUUAAAUGUCAACAGACAGGAAAUGGGCUUAUAAUUUUCUUUCUGUUUUGACUCUCCCUCGGUUAGAUAUCAAGACCCUAUUUGCGUCAUAGAAGGAAUUUGGUAGGUCCCUUUCUUUUACCUUUUGCCCUCCAACAGUUUAUGAUAGCAUAGGAAUUAGCCGAUCUUUGAAUGUUUGAUAGAAGUAUCUUGUAAAUCUAUCUGGUUUUGGUCUAUUUUUUCCCUUUAGGAAUUCAUUUACGUCUUCAAUUUAUUUUUCUGAUUGAGUUAUUUUAGUCCUUUAUUUUUUCUAUUAAUAGGGAAUUUUAUAUUUUGUAAAUAUUCAUCCAUUUAGUUGUCAAUUUUAUUGAUAUGUAACUGAGCAAAAUAGAUCUUAUAAUUUAUUUCUUUAUUAAGUUGUCUCGAUUUCACCCCCCCCCCCA